GCUUGCUGGCUUGCUCGAGGUUUUGGGGCUAUACGGCCCCUGCAUUUAUCAAUUGACGCUGCAGUACCCCAUUCGCUACCCUCUCCGCUAGGAUUACCCAGCUGUGCGACGGUCUGGACCCUUGGGACAGCCGCAGCAGAGGUGGGCAAAGAGCUCGGAGAGGCCAGUGCCGAAACUAAUCGGACGAAGGCGGGAUGCGGCGAAAACUGCUGCUGCUGGGCGCGGUAGCAGGCGUGCGAGGGCUCGUCCCGGCGCCGCGACCACGGACGCGCCGUAUAGCGAGGCACGUCUUCGACAACGACGAGGUCGCCGCGGCGCGCGACGACGUGGAGGCGGCCGCGGCGCGGUUGCGGGACGCCGAGCGGCGGCUGGCGGAGGCGAAGCGGUCCGCGCCGCGGCCGCGGCCCGCGAACGCCCGGACCCUUAUAGAUAGGAGCGACGCGGGCACGCUGCUCCUCACGGUGCCGCCGGCGGGCCUCGGCGGCUCGACGCUCAUGGGCGCGGCCUUCGGCGCCGCGUGGUUCUCCGCCAUCGUGCCCGCGACGGCCGGCAUGGUCGCGACGGGCGCGGUGCUCGGCGGCGUCUUCAUGGCGCCGUUCUGGCUCGCCGGCGGCGCGGUGCUCAAGACGACGCUCGUGGACCCGGCGAAGAAGACGACGCUGUCCGUCGGCCGCUACGCGUGGGAGCUCUCCCAGACGCUGCCCGGCGGCGUCGCCGUGAGCUCGGACCGCGGCGCCACGGACGAGCUCGCCGGCGCCGACGUCGCCGUGACCGUCGUGACGAACGGCGUGCCGCAGUACGCGUGCCGCCUCGUGGCCGGCGCGCGGGCGUGGGGCCUCGGCGACGGCCUCCCGCGGGGCGAGCUCGAGUGGGUCGCGUCCGAGAUCAACGACCAGCUCUCGUCCUUCGCGGGGGGCGAGGACCUCCUCGCGCCCCCGCCGGGGCGCGUAAGUUAGGGCCUAGGUGC